AUGGAUGCCGAUGUUGAUGUGACCGAUACCGGUGAUGACGGUGACGACGAUGCUGGUAUAUUCAGAAUUGCCAAUGACUGCCGCAAUGAGGACGAUGACGCCCUCACUGGUAAAGACAACGUUCUUUCAUCAGUGCACACGAAGCGCACUGCUGUUGACAAGGAUAAAUAA